AUGGGCCAGCCAAGCUCUGACUACCUUGAGUAUGUCUAUGAGCAGCUGCGAAAGGAGAAGCAGGAGAAGGCAGAUGCCGAGUUCGAGCUCCAGCGCCAGCACGCCACGCAACAGAAGUUGUUGGAGAUGCAAGAGAAGCAGGCCGAGUGGGCUCAGCAGCGUGAGGCAAUGCAACAGGAAGCAGCGGCCGCUGCCGAGGCUGGGGAAGGCGAAGCCGCUCCCCCAGCUGCAGCCCCAGCUGCAGCCCCCGCAGAGGAGGAACCGAAGAAAACGACAGAGAUGGAGGUUGAUGGUGAUGGCGAGCCGCCGAGGGUGGAGCUGACAGAAGAGGACAAGAAGCAGUGGCACAAACGGCUGGAUGCCGUCCCGGACCUGGCCCCAUCGGCCCUGAGCGCUUGCUUCGCCGACUUCUCCGUUCCAGAUCCCUCCGAGGGCUUCGAUGAGGCUUUCCAGCUCUCUUCCUAA